AUGGCAACCUUUCUCAAUUCUCCGAACACACCCGCCGUCGCACAUACAUUUUAUCAUGACGAUAAUGUUUCUCGAAGUCACAAGGCAAACCUCUCUGGAGCGACCAUGUUGGAUCUGUUGAGUGGUCCUGAAGGUUCGAUUGCCGCAGCCUACGAGUCUUCAAGUUUGCACCAACGGACUCCAAAAUCGAGACGGCCUUCUCAAGCAUCAAUCACUAAAUCCCAAUUGCGCCAGACGAAUAGGACAUUGGUUGAAAUCAUUCACAGCGUCCAGGCUGAGUUGGCGACUCAGAGAGAAGCAAUGCUCGAUAUGCAGGCGCGAAUUGUUCAGCUCGAAAGCACGUCGCAAAUCAAGAUCGAACACUUUGCGCCGCGCCAUACAAUUGCCGGACACCGCAAGCGGUCUCAGAUCAGAAGCAAAGAAGGUGCUAUCCGCGAAACACAAAGAAGCUGGGAUGCAUUCCAGAAGGAUGCUGAUAUGCUUGGUCCCCCCAUUAUCGCAAAUGAAUUCUGGAAGUCACCCAGUCGAUUCUCUGGUUUCAACUUCAACUUCGACCUGCUCGAGACAAUACCAAAAUCGUCACAUCCUCUUCCAGAUGUGGAUGAUGUUCCGGAUCUCACACCGGACGAGCAGCCACAAGCGUAUACGCCAGGACAGCGCCGGAUUCCUCCUAGGAUCACCCGCAUCAGGACAGCAGAUCCCACCACUAUGUAUCACGAUGCCGUGAGCGAUAUCAGAGAGCACGUCAUCGAGUUCGACAAGAUCAAGGUACCUAUGCCACCGAAACUCCAAACCCCGCCACGAAGUGCGCGCAGCAGGUUGGCAUCGAUGCACAGCCCGGACGAUGAGAUCACGGCAUUGCCGCAGAUUCCACUGGUACCAGCAGCACCCACGCACAGCUCACAUCGCAGUAUUAUGAGUAUCAAGAGUCUGCUCCUGUACAGAACCUCUUCGAAAAGUCACAAAGCCGAUUACGCUCAAUCUGAUCAUCGCCGUUCAGGCUCGUCUAUGCGCUGCUGA